AGAAGGGGCAGCGCCGCACCGCGCGCACCGCGCCAUGGGGGCCGCGUCCGGCCAGCGGGGGCGGUGGCCGUUGUCGCCUCCGCUCUUGAUGCUGUCGCUGCUGGUGCUGUUGCUGCAGCCGUCGCCCGCCCCGGCACUCGACCCUGGAUUGCAGCCGGGCAACUUUUCCCCGGACGAGGCAGGGGCGCAGCUUUUCGCUGAAAGCUAUAACUCGAGUGCCGAGGUGGUGAUGUUCCAGAGCACCGUGGCCAGUUGGGCGCACGACACCAACAUCACGGAGGAGAACGCGCGACGCCAGGAGGAAGCGGCCCUGGUCAGCCAGGAGUUUGCAGAGGUCUGGGGCAAGAAGGCCAAGGAGUUGUAUGAGUCCAUUUGGCAGAACUUUACUGACUCAAAGCUGCGAAGGAUCAUCGGAUCUAUUCGGACCCUAGGACCUGCCAAUCUGCCCCUGGCCCAGCGGCAGCAGUACAACUCUCUGCUAAGCAACAUGAGCAGAAUCUACUCCACUGGCAAGGUCUGCUUCCCCAACAAGACUGCCACCUGCUGGUCCCUGGACCCAGAGCUCACCAACAUCCUGGCUUCCUCACGAAGCUAUGCCAAGUUGUUGUUUGCCUGGGAGGGCUGGCAUGAUGCUGUGGGUAUCCCACUGAAACCCCUCUAUCAAGACUUUACUGCCAUCAGUAACGAAGCCUACAGACAAGACGACUUCUCAGACACAGGAGCCUUCUGGCGCUCCUGGUAUGAGUCCCCCUCCUUUGAGGAGAGUCUGGAACAUAUCUACCACCAACUAGAGCCCCUCUACCUGAACCUCCAUGCCUACGUCCGCCGCGCACUGCACCGCCGCUAUGGGGACAAAUACGUCAAUCUCAGGGGGCCUAUUCCUGCCCAUUUGCUGGGAGACAUGUGGGCCCAGAGCUGGGAGAACAUCUACGACAUGGUAGUGCCUUUCCCAGACAAACCCAACCUCGAUGUCACCAGUACAAUGGUACAGAAGGGCUGGAACGCCACACACAUGUUCCGGGUAUCAGAGGAAUUCUUCACCUCGCUGGGGCUCUCACCCAUGCCUCCUGAGUUCUGGGCGGAGUCAAUGCUGGAGAAACCAACGGAUGGACGGGAGGUGGUGUGCCACGCCUCUGCCUGGGACUUCUACAACCGGAAGGACUUCCGGAUUAAGCAAUGCACACGGGUCACGAUGGAACAGCUGGCCACAGUACACCACGAGAUGGGCCACGUGCAGUACUACCUCCAGUACAAGGACCUGCACGUCUCUCUGCGUAGAGGUGCCAACCCUGGCUUCCAUGAGGCCAUUGGGGAUGUGCUUGCACUCUCCGUCUCUACCCCUGCACAUCUGCACAAAAUCGGCCUACUGGACCAUGUUACCAAUGACAUAGAGAGUGACAUCAAUUACCUGCUAAAGAUGGCCCUAGAGAAAAUCGCCUUCUUGCCCUUUGGCUACCUGGUGGACCAGUGGCGUUGGGGGGUCUUCAGUGGACGGACCCCACCCUCUCGCUACAACUUCGACUGGUGGUAUCUUCGAACCAAGUAUCAGGGGAUCUGCCCACCAGUUGCCCGGAAUGAAACCCAUUUUGAUGCUGGAGCCAAGUUUCACAUCCCAAACGUGACACCGUACAUCAGGUACUUCGUGAGCUUUGUGCUGCAGUUCCAGUUCCAUCAAGCACUGUGCAAGGAGGCAGGCCACCAGGGCCCACUACACCAGUGUGACAUCUACCAGUCCGCCCAGGCGGGGGCCAAGCUCAAGCAGGUGUUGCAGGCUGGCUGCUCCAGGCCCUGGCAGGAGGUACUGAAGGACCUGGUAGGCUCAGAUGCCCUGGAUGCCAAGGCACUGCUGGAGUACUUCCAACCGGUCAGCCAGUGGCUGGAAGAGCAGAAUCAGCGGAAUGGCGAAGUCCUAGGCUGGCCAGAGAAUCAGUGGCGUCCACCGUUACCCGACAACUAUCCAGAGGGCAUUGACCUAGAGACUGAUGAAGCCAAGGCUGACAGGUUCGUGGAAGAGUAUGACCGGACAGCCCAAGUGUUGUUGAACGAGUACGCAGAGGCCAACUGGCAAUAUAACACCAACAUUACCAUAGAGGGCAGCAAGAUCCUGCUUGAGAAAAGCACGGAGGUAUCCAAUCACACCCUGAAAUAUGGCACCCGGGCCAAGACAUUUGAUGUGAGCAACUUUCAAAACUCUUCCAUCAAGCGGAUCAUAAAGAAGCUUCAGAACCUGGACCGGGCAGUGCUGCCUCCCAAGGAAUUAGAAGAGUACAACCAGAUCCUGCUAGACAUGGAGACAACUUACAGCUUAUCCAACAUUUGCUACACAAAUGGCACUUGUAUGCCCCUGGAACCUGAUCUAACAAACAUGAUGGCCACAUCCCGGAAAUAUGAAGAAUUGCUAUGGGCAUGGAAGAGCUGGAGAGACAAGGUGGGGAGAGCCAUCCUUCCUUUUUUCCCAAAGUAUGUGGAGUUCUCCAACAAGAUUGCCAAGCUCAAUGGCUACACGGAUGCAGGGGAUUCAUGGAGAUCCUUAUACGAGUCUGACAACCUGGAGCAAGACCUGGAAAAACUGUACCAGGAGCUGCAGCCACUCUACCUGAACCUGCAUGCCUAUGUGCGUCGUUCCCUGCACCGCCACUAUGGGUCCGAGUACAUCAACCUGGAUGGCCCCAUUCCUGCCCAUCUGCUAGGGAACAUGUGGGCGCAGACCUGGUCCAACAUCUAUGAUUUGGUGGCGCCCUUCCCUUCCGCCCCCAAUAUAGAUGCCACGGAAGCCAUGAUAAAGCAGGGAUGGACACCCAGAAGGAUAUUUAAGGAAGCUGACAAUUUCUUUACCUCCCUGGGGCUGUUACCUGUGCCCCCUGAGUUCUGGAACAAGUCGAUGUUAGAGAAGCCCACCGAUGGAAGGGAGGUGGUGUGCCAUCCCUCAGCCUGGGACUUCUACAACGGCAAGGACUUCAGGAUCAAGCAGUGUACCUCUGUGAACAUGGAGGACUUGGUGAUAGCGCACCACGAAAUGGGCCACAUCCAGUAUUUCAUGCAGUACAAAGACUUACCCGUGACUUUCCGGGAGGGUGCCAACCCUGGUUUUCAUGAAGCUAUUGGAGAUAUAAUGGCUCUCUCAGUGUCUACCCCCAAGCAUCUAUACAGUCUCAACCUGCUUAGCACUGAGGGCAGUGGCUACGAGUAUGACAUCAACUUUCUAAUGAAGAUGGCCCUCGACAAGAUCGCCUUUAUCCCCUUCAGCUACCUCAUCGACCAGUGGCGCUGGAGGGUCUUUGAUGGAAGCAUCACCAAGGAGAACUAUAACCAGGAGUGGUGGAGCCUCAGGCUGAAGUAUCAGGGUCUGUGCCCCCCAGUGCCAAGAUCCCAAGGUGACUUUGACCCAGGGUCCAAGUUCCACGUUCCUGCGAACGUGCCAUACGUCAGGUACUUUGUCAGCUUCAUCAUCCAGUUCCAGUUCCACGAGGCGCUGUGUCGCGCAGCCGGGCACACGGGUCCCCUGCACAAGUGUGACAUCUACCAAUCCAAGGAAGCAGGGAAGCUCCUGGCGGAUGCCAUGAAGCUGGGCUACAGUAAGCCGUGGCCAGAGGCCAUGAAGCUGAUCACAGGCCAGCCUAACAUGUCAGCCUCCGCCAUGAUGAAUUACUUCAAGCCACUGACAGAAUGGCUCGUCACCGAGAACAGGAGACAUGGAGAGACACUGGGCUGGCCGGAGUACAACUGGGCGCCAAACACCGGUACUACACCCACCCUGCCUCCAGCCCCCGGGCCCAGCUCCUAGAGCUCAUAUAGGGCUGAACCCCAUUCCCAGUCCAGACAGUCUCCAGUCUGACCUCAGAGCAAGAACAGGGACGCCAGGACGCAAGACCCCAGCCCACCCGUCGCCCUGCCCACCGCCCUGUCUCCUUGCUUCCUCGCUCAGCUCGCGCAGAAGGCUCCACCGCAGAGUCCAACCGCGUCAAUUUCCUGGGCCUGUACCUGGAGCCACAGCAGGCCCGCGUGGGCCAGUGGGUGCUGCUCUUCCUGGGCGUCGCCCUGCUCGUGGCCACCGUGGGUCUCGCCCAUCGGCUCUACAACAUCCGUAACCAUCACAGCCUCCGCCGGCCCCACCGUGGGCCCCAGUUUGGGUCUGAGGUGGAGCUCAGACACUCCUGAGGUGACCCUGCUGGCAAGGCCAGCAGAGGAGUGUCCCAUAAGAAACUGGAUGGGGGACAUGGUGUUUGAGUGGAACAUACCCUAGCUGAGCCUUCCUCCUUUGCUGUCCCCAUCCACUCUGCCCCACCCCCACCCCCCAGGCCCAGCCCCCAUUCUCUGGAUACCCAGUGUCUAACACCGACUUCCCUGCCCAGUCUCUGUGAAUACAAUUAAAGGUCCUCCCCCACACCUGAGUCUGUGUCCCUUGUGGGAAGCCAGGGACAGGACCGGCUGCUUGCCUGUCUCCUGACAGUCCCAGCACGACCCUUUACUGGUUGUCUUCGCAGUCUUCCUCCAAGCAGGAAGCUAAUCCCAAUUCCUCUGGACCCCAUCCCCCACAACCUUUCCCACCAGCCUUCCUAACAGCCCAGGUGAGGUGGCUCCUGUCUUGCAGACCCAUGAACUUGCCAGGGAGGAGCCUAGGAAACAGAGGGGAAGGAAGCAGGUAGGCUGCCUCCUUUAUGUGUGGAUACACUAUAGAUGGCUCAUCCUGUCCCAUGUGACCUCUCUGUGGCUGGGUGUCUUGGAGGAAGGCUCUGGAUGCCCUUCCCUGCUACAGGGUGAGGGCCCUGGAAGGGCGUGCCUCACUGAGCAUGCUGAAGCGGCCAGUAUAUAAGUGGACAGCCUGGGUUCCCUGACGGAGCCACGUAGGCUCUGCCCACAGGAAAGAGCAUUAAUCCGUGACCACACAGUGGGUUCACUGCUACUGCCCACCUCCUCAUCCCGGAACACAUCCCCUCAGCCUCAGCCAUCCUUUGGAAGGCCUAUUUGGAUUUUAGGGGGUGUCACUUGAAGUAACUUUUUAUCUACAUAUUUAUGUAGUAAAUUUGGAAAAUCUGAAUAAAAAGCCCAUGGUAGCAACAUUAAGAAAUAUAAGCACUGUUGAAGUUU